UAUGAAGUGGAAGAAGUGCUCGUGAUUUUCCCCAGACUCAGUGACAGCCCUGAAGAAAAGGUGACCCGAAAGAUCAGCUUUCACGGCUGCUCAAAGAGUACAUUGGGAAACUCCUCCUGCCUGAAGCUCGUUCUCCCCGCCCGACAGAACCCCCAGGACGUCCUGAGCCGACUGUGUGGGAGGGGCAGCUUUACCGCGCACUACGUCUCCGUCACGUCACUCCCCGCACCUGAGACGGCAGGUAAGGAGGCGGACAUGCUGACCGGCGUGGCGUUCAAGACCAGCUACGCCUUCCGCGCCCUCCUCUCGCGCGGCUUCACCGCCAUGGACCAGGUGACGGACGCCUUCAUCCGCCAGGUGAGACGUCUGGACAGGGACCGAGGGGAGGAUGUGGCCGCCGAUAUUCUGUACCGUCUGACUCACGUGCUGGAGAGAGACAGGUUUGCCAACAUCCAAGCGGUGCUUGACUGCCUCCUGGCCGCCCGAGAUGUUGAGUUGGGCCGACCGGAGACACUCCCGGCUACUCUGCAGGUGGUGGCCAGGGUCAUCGUCACGCCGACAAGACUCGUCUUUCUGCAGCCGGAAAUCAUGUACGGAAACAGAGUUUUGCGGGAAUUCGGCACAGAUCACUUCCUCCGCGUGGUGUUCCGAGACGAGGACUUCUCCAAACUUCAAGCAACUGGGACCGGUAGGGGCAAUGGUGAUGAGGAGGAGAAGAUCUUUGUUCGCGUCAGGAAGGUGUUGAAAAAAGGGAUCAAAGUCGGCAACAGGUUGUACGAGUUCCUGGCGGCGUCUAACAGCCAGCUGCGGGAGCACGGCCUGUGGUUCUUUGCGUCUGACGGCAGGAACAGAGCGGACUCCAUCCGGGAUUGGAUGGGAGACUUCAGCAACAGCAGGUGCCCGGCCACCUACCUGGCCAGGAUGGGUCAGUGUUUCUCCACCACGGAGUCCAGCGUCACAGUCCGGCCGGGACAGGUCAGCAGGAUCGCCGACAUCGAGGGCGGGCGGGACCCUGACGGCAAGUCCUACUGCUUCUCCGACGGCAUCGGCAAGAUUUCACGGGACCUUGCUAAGGAGGUGUGCGAGAAGACCCAGCGAAGCCAUGAGCCCUCAGCCUUCCAGGUGAGGUACGCGGGAGUGAAGGGGAUGCUGGCGGUAGACCCCACCCUCACCGGUCUGGCCAUGCAGUACCGCAAGAGCAUGGAGAAAUUUUCCUCUGAGCACAACAAUAUUGAGAUUUGCUCCGAAAGUCAUCCAGCGCGGUUUUACCUGAACCGACAGAUCAUCUCCAUCCUGUCGGGACUGGGGAUUCCAGACGAGGUUUUCCAGGUCCUUCAAGAAGACCAGCUGCGGAAGUUAGCCAGCAUGUUCCUGUUGGAGAAUCGGGCCGUCGACGCGCUGAACCAGCGGGCGCAACUGUCCGGAGUGCCGUACCAAAAGCUGUCCAACUGCGGCGUCUACAUGACCAGCGAGCCGUUCUUUAAAGGCAUGCUACGGAGAGUUUACAAGAGCGGCAUCGGGGACACUCGAAGAAAGGCCAGGAUAGAGAUCCCACCCGAGUACGGACGGAACAUGUUGGGUGUCCUGGACGAGACAGGCACACUUGAGUAUGGACAAGUCUUUGUCCAGUACACGGAGGAUAUCACAGACAAGGGUGGCGAGACCAAAGUGUUGACAGGAGAUGUCGUUGUAUCGCGGAAUCCGUGUUUCCACCCGGGAGACGUACGGAAACUCAGGGCAGUCGACGUCCCCGCACUGCAUCACAUGGUUGACGUCAUCGUCUUCCCCUCCAAAGGACCGCGACCGCAUCCUAACGAAAUGUCGGGAGGAGACCUGGAUGGAGACCAGUUCUUCGUCACCUGGCACCCUGACCUGCUAUUCCAGCGCCCGAAUGCAGACCCCAUGCACUUCAAGGCACCGAAAAAGAUAGAGCUGGAGAUCGUCACAAUCUCCGACUUGCAGAAUUUUAUCGUUGACUAUAUCAAGAGCGACAUUUUGGGUGUAAUAGCAAAUGCCCACCUGGCCUUUUCGGAUAAAGAAGAGGACGGUGUGUUCUCUCAGGUUUGCUUAAACCUGGCAGAAAAACACUCAGACGCCGUGGACUUCCCAAAGACGGGUGUGCCAGUAGGCCUUAGCGAUGAUGAGAGACCCAAGGCGUAUCCAGACUUCAUGGACAAGUCGCACAAAAAGACUGUACGGAGGUCGGAGAAAGCGAUGGGAGAAAUGUACAGAGAGUGCCAGGCCAUUGAGAACAUCUGCAGUGCGCCGGAAAAGACUGACGAGGCUGAAACUAUCGAACCCGAUCCAUACCUGAUUCUGCCAACCCACCAACGGUACAAACGUCAGGCUGAACAGAGUAGAGGCCGGUACAACGAUCAACUCAAGUACCUGAUGGACAGGUAUGGCAUCGAGACGGAAGCUGAGGCGAUGUCAGGGUGCAUCGGUAGAAUCCACAAGCACAUGGAUAACCGAUACGACAGGCACGAAGUCGAGAGGGUCUUCAAAGAGAGAAUCAAGGACCUUCGUCGGCGCACUCGAGAGGAAUUCUUCGUAGAGUUCGGAGGAGAGAAGAAUGUGAAGAAGAGCGACUAUCCUCCAGAGGUACAGGCGAAGGCAUCUGCAUGGUACGUUGUAACCUAUUCUGAUGCCAACGAGAACCGUCUUCUCAGCUUUCCUUGGAUCGUUGGUGACAUCCUUGCCGUGAUAAAAGUCACCGUCGCUCCUGACUACCCGGUAUCCCUCCAUCCUUCUGCUGACCACAUCACAGCGGAACUGGAGACGAUCUACUCGUCAAAGGCUUUGGAGACCGUCCGCAACCUUUCUGUUGCGUUCAAAAGGCAGUCCGUGCAGCAUCAGGUCGUCCAAGCCGUCGUCCUGCGGCAUCCCGACACCGUCGCCCUUAUCGCGUUCCUGCUGCAGUGGGCACAACAAUAUCAGCUUCUCGGACGGGACGUCAGGCAAAACCAAAUAAGCCAAAAAUCGUUCUUGUUCCUGUUAGCAUCUCAUGCCAUCAAAAAUGGAUUCGUCCCCGAUCUUGAGUUGGUCGAUUACACCCUUGAAUGGUCCAAACUGACAAACGACCUUCUCCACCGCUCACACAAGAGGCAUGAUACACCCUCUGUCUUUGGAGGCAUAGGGUUACUGUGUGUGGACGUCUUCCGCUAUCUCGGAUCCCACACGUUUGUGUCUGCCCGCGGGACUGCCCACAUCGUGGCGGACACGGCGCUGAUGUUGUCUGAAGGCUGCGCGAAGAACGUCCAGCGCCAGGCGCUCCGGGCCUACCACCUCCUCUCACAGACAGGCGACAUCGGCGCGCUCAUUGAUACCAACAUCACUCAGCGGCAGGAAGAAUGGUCUAGGACCUUACCACCAAAUCUCUGGAAAAACUACGUCAGCAAACGGAUCAAACAGGUUGAGGAAGACUUGGCCAAGAAGACUGGUGCAGAGGUGCACAUCAGGCCAAUCAAGGGAAGGCGUCCCAGGGGACGCGUCAGUGGCUCCGGCUCUCACGACGCCAUCUUGCGAUUGGAGUCUGAAGUGGAAUUCCUGAUACAGUCCAACCCCCUCCAAAGAGCCUUAUUUGGGAUGGAUUCCUGUGUUACUUCCUGAUAUUGUCUUUUAUACACUGUAGAAGGAAUGUGAAGAGGACAUGGAAAGUGGCGAUUACCUGGCAUUAUUAUAAAACAUUAUAAGGAUGAUGCUUAGGCCUAUACUGACAACUGGUUUACUGAAAUCGAUUGAAUGGAACAGUAGUUGACAAAACAGUAUGAUACGUAUGGGGAUAUAGAGGCUACUGUUGCUAAAUGAACUUUGCUUUUCCAUUCAAUAUUCCCUGGGACAAACCAAAGUACAAUAUUUACUGUCGCUGGCCAUUGUAAUUACUUACUUAAUAUAUGUUAAGUAUGACUUUGUAUAGCACUUUGCCUGGUAGUAUCUAAUGCACUUCACAAAGAAUGUCGUGGAUUAAGUGAGAAGAAGAAGUAAAACAAAUACCAAUGACAAGAACAGUCAUAACGUAGGUCAGAGAUAUUCCAGGAAUUAUUUCAGAUAUGUUUUUACCUUGACAUUUUGUUA